CGACCUCGAGGCAUUUCCCUUAGACUUCACACGAGGAAGGAACAAUGGCGUCUCCGACGAAAUCUCCCACUAAGAAACCUGCCGCCAAAAGCGCCCCUAAACUCCAUCCGACCUUCCUGGACAUGGCCAUUGAAGCCAUUCAGGCCAAUACAGACACCAAAGGCGCCUCCGUGCCAUCAAUCCGGAAUUACAUUACUGAAAAAUAUAAGACUGUAGACCCUACGACAGUUCGCUUCCACCUCAAACAAGCUCUGGCGAAGGGCGUGGAGAAAAACAUGAUCUUAAAAACUAAAAAAUCCGAAGAAAGACCCAUCAUGACCAGCAGAUUCAAAGUGAACAAGGUUAAAAAAGCGGCAGAGAAAAAGAAACGGACGGACAGCGAAAACAAAAAGGCGGCAAAACCAAAGGAGACCAAGAAAAAGGAGACGGCAGCCAAGAAAACCAAACCCAAGGCCACGAAACCAAAGGCGCCUAAAGCAGCAGCGAAGUCGCCUAAGCCUAAAGCUAAGAAGUCUCCAGCGAAGGUGAAGAAAACACCUGUCAAGGUCGUCAAACCAAAGACUCCAAAGAGGCCACAAAGUGUGAAGAAAAUGAAGAAGGCUAAGUGAGAGCUAUUGGAACCAAGGUGCGUUACUGUAAAUAGAAUGACUGCAAGGAAGUGUUCGAUUGGAUUUAUAUAUCUACUGGUGCUUUAACUUAUUCAAUGUAUGGGAGAUGACAUUGGGUGAUUGGUGCUGAGAAUUUUUAUUUUACUUUGUUUUAAUAUGUGACUGCAAAUGGCUACAUUACACAAGUGUGCAUUUUCAAUUUUUAGAUAAAGGUUUCUUAAAUUUU